UUUAAUCAAAUUCAUUUCAUUUCAUAAUAAUAAAUCAACGAACAUUUCAUAUUUUAAAAAAUGCUUGUACUUGUAAUCGGUGAUUUUCAUAUUCCAUAUCGUAAACAUAGUUUACCAAGUAAAUUUAAAAAAUUACUCAUUCCUGGCCGUAUUCAACAUAUACUUUGUACCGGUAAUCUUUGUACAAAAGAAUCAUAUGAUUAUUUAAAAACAUUGGCAACCGAUAUUCAUAUUGUUAAAGGAGAAUUUGAUGAUAGUAAUUAUCCGGAUAAAAAAGUAAUCACUAUUGGUCAAUUUAGUAUUGGUCUUUGUCAUGGCCAUCAAAUUGUACCAUGGGGUGAUGAUGAAAGUUUAGCAAUGAUACAACGUGAACUUGAAGUUGAUAUAUUAAUCAGUGGCCAUACACAUAAAUUUAAUGCAUUCGAAAAAGAUGGAAAAUUUUUUAUCAAUCCUGGAUCGGCAACCGGUGCCUAUUCAUCAUUGGAAGAUAAUAUUAUACCAUCAUUUGUAUUGAUGGAUAUACAAUCAACAACUGUUGUCAAUUAUGUUUAUCAAUUAAUCGGUAAUGAAGUUAAAGUUGAACGUACUGAAUAUAAAAAAAAUUAAAUCAAAAAUCAAACGAAUCCAACAAAUCAAUCCGUUUUGUGUGUGUGUGCAUUAUCAUUAUUCCAAAAUAAUUAAAA